GUAGGUAUCAUAGUUGCAGAAAGCCGCUUCCUGUGAUCAUGCAGCGCCUUCAGCGCCCUCCAAAUGGCACCUGGUGAUGCCAGACUUGUUGCCGGAGCUGCAGCGCCGAUCCUCACAGGAGGAUCUGCGGCAUCACAGCAUGUCACAGGCCGAACACCUGGCGUUCUUGAAGCGGUCCUUGGCAAGAGCACGCAUACAGAACAUUGAGCUGGAGAGUCUUCGCCAGCAGGAAGAGAGGGAACUCGCCGAGGCCUAUGCUCAACGGCAUCAGCAGCAGGCGGAGGAGCGCCGCGCGGAGCGACGACGAAACCUGGCGCGCUUGAAGGCCAUGGCCAAGCCCAUUGAUCCUCCUACGUUGCUGGUGGAGCAGGACCCUGGGGCCUCGAUGCUAUUGCAGCAGCGGCCAUCACUGCGGCAGCGCUUGCGUCUCGUGCUCACUCCCAGGUCACCUCGGAUGCACUCGAGCAGCUCCCGGUCGUUAUCGCCCAGGAAGCCUCCAGUAUUCAGAACCCCCAGGAGGCCCAAGAAGCCUCCAGUGGAGGUUCCAUCAGCGCUGGAGCCACAGAUGCCUCGAAAGGAGUUGCUCCGAGCGACGCAGCAUCAGCUGCUGAAGUCGUGUGGCCUGGUCAUCUACAAGCAACAAAUGAAGGAUCACUUCAAGAGGAUUGUGGAAGCUGUCGAGGUUGAUGCGAACGCCAGUGCUGGUCAGCAGAAGUCUGCGAUGUCCAACUUGGCGCGGCCGGGGCCGAGCGAAGACGAAAGCGGACAACAUGAAGCGAGUUUUAGGAACCAACAUCCACGAAAGUCGGCCGAUUGACCAUGUGGCCGAACUGUGGCAGCUGAAGGACAAUGGUCGAUAGGAGUGUCCGGCACUGGGGGGACAAUCAGCUGAAGGGGGGCCAAGUGUGGACAGCUGAAGUGUCCGACCUGCUUGAGUGGUCGACGAGUCGAUGAGGCCGGCCUCCGGGGGAACGACCACCAGCAGACGCGUGCGUGAAUGCAAAUGAACCCAUUGGUCUACUUGAACCAAUCACACUGGAGUUACUCAACUAGUUUUCACUAGUUACUCAACUGCAAGUUUCCUUUGUUGCAAGGUUCAUUUAUCCUCUCAAAGUUGAGAUAGAGUGAGAUAGAACAUGCUCGGACUGGUGGACAUGACUCCGCACGGUCUCGUCGUCCGAGGCCAGUGCUCUCAGAGGACCGAAGCAAGCGACACUGAGGGGCGGACACGGCUCAGCCUACGACACGGCGGUCUGGCCGCAUGGCGGACGGCGCUGGAAGUUCGCAUUUUUUUUGGAGAUCAUUGAAUGGUAUUGAACUAAAUGUUGGGAUCAUGAAUCAUGCC